ACGACAUACUUCCCACAGAAACCUAAUGAGAGAGAUAUAAAUGUAGCAAUACUAGGGGCUCAAGUGGGAUACAAGCAUUUUACCACAACCCCCGUCUGUCAGUAGAGUACAGAGAAUGAAAGGAAUGCUAGUAUUCCCCGAACGACACCAGGCAGUCCUGGUGUUUCGCUGGCUUACCCCAAACGUCUUGUUCCAGUUUCUCCAUGUUGGCAUUCACUACCCUGGCACAAAGCUCAAAUAGGGUUGCCGUCCCUCCAGCAUCUUCCACCGCAUGAUCCAUGGCCUGGGUUACCCUGAUCACCGCUACUUACUCAUUUCAGGGGAAAACCGAAACCAAAAGCAGCGGACAAGUCAAGAGGGAACAGAGCGGGCGAGGAGCCACUUCUCAGUAAGGAUAGAGGGCAGCCAUCUUGAGAAGUCGCAUACUGAGGGAUUUCACCAAUGAAUGACAAGAGAACUAGUUCCCGUGUCAGGGGCGUGGUAUAGUGACGUAUUUCCGACGGGUGACCCCUCUCGUCCUUCUUAGUUGCUAGCUAGUGGUUGAAGAUGGUGCUGGAAGAAGAGAGAGCUUGGGAAGGGGAACCCGAGGAGGAGGAAGAGGAGGAGGAGGAAGAAGAAGAGUUAGUGGAUCCUUUAACCACAGUGCGGGAGCACUGUGAACAGUCCGAAAAAUGUGUAAAGGCUCGAGAGAUCCUUGAGUUGUGUGAGACUCGUGUUAAUUCUCGCUCACAUACAGAAGAGGAGUGCACUGAAGAACUUUUUGACUUUCUCCAUGCUAGGGACCACUGUGUAGCUCAUAAAGUCUUCAAGAACCUAAAGUAAUGUUUUAAUUAAGAAUUCUCAUGAGUGACUUGUUUGCUGAGCUGAAUGGUCAUUGGCUGUGAAUCAUUAUCCUAUGGAUUGUGACUCCUUGAUCCUGCUUUCAGUACAGUGCUAUUCUCCACACCAUGGCUAAUAUUUUGUGGGAUAGAUGCCUAUAAGUAAAUAUCUACAGCAAUGUUGUGACUGUUAAUAAAGCUAUUUGGUGUUGAGUCAA